GUGUGCUUUCAGUCGGCCCAGGAUUUCCACGCAUGCUGGAAGCCGGGAUGCCUCAGCUUUUCGUGUUACUGAGGAAACGGUUUGAAAUUCGCUCCUCGAGUGCAUUGACCAGUUUUUGUUUGGCGUUCGAUCGCAAUCUAGUUACAGGGAUCGAAGUAGAUGGGCGCUGUGGUGAGGGGAAAAUGGCCUCUGAGGUUUGCAAUGGGCCUGUUGGCGGGGUUUGGUGGCCUGUACGCCCUGUACAGCUUGGCAAAGCGGUGGCAGCAGCAGCAGCAGCAGGAAGACCGAGACGUUGGUUGCUGUCAGUCCAAAACGCAAAAUUUACUCCGACGAGCGAUCGACUUGGGCGUCAACAGUCAAGAAACUGAGGACGGUCAUCAGGGGCAUGUACUUGUAAAUCCUCAUGAUGGUCUGGAACAGCAGCAUCUUCAAGUGAUUUUGGACCUUCUUAGGCAGACCUCUGAUACUUCCAUUCGAGAAAAUGUUCUCGUGACCAUUGGUAAUAGUGCUGCAUUCACUGUUAAUCAGGAUCUCAUUCGCAACCUCAGUGGUCUCAAUGUCAUUGCAAAUUGCUUGUUAGAUGAAGUCACGUCAGUCAAAGUUAAGGCAAUGAAUGCUCUGACAAAUCUUUCCCUUAAUGUUGCUAAUCAAGAAGAACUGAAGAUUUGGAUCCCUCAAAUUUUGAAGAUCCAAGAAGCUGCUACAUUAAACUCUGAGUUACAAGUCGCUGGCCUCAGAAUGCUGACUAAUAUCAGUGUUGUCAGUACUCAUCACCAUUUGAUGAUCAACUACAUUCCUCACUUUCUUAAGCUCUUAGUAGAAGGAACUGAAAAUGUAAAGGUUCAGGCAUUGAAAAUCCUGGUAAAUUUGUCUACAGAUCCAGAGUUAACACAUGACCUUCUAUGUGCUCAGGUGUCACCAUUGUUCCUUUUGUUUGACAACACCAUAAGCAAAGAAUUUCUUAUACGAAUGCUUGUAUUCAUUGCAAAUCUAAAGGAAAAUAUGAACUUGUUGCACGACUCUGUUCCGUAUGAAUAUAGAGUAGAAUCACUUCAUUCUGUAAUAUUUGGGAAUUCAUCACAAUUUUUUCAGAAAAUUGCAUCACUUAUGUUAUACCAAGAUCCUGAAGUGAGACAAUACAUGGCCAGAAUUAUAGUCUAAGACCAAAUGUUUGAUAUUUUUUAUUCCCAAACUAAUCCUGUUUUGUUCACUAUAUAAUGUAAAUGUAUCGACUUGAGAAUAAAUAUGCAAGUAUAAUAGUAAUUUAACAUCAAAUUAAAUGCAUUGUGUAUAUAGCAUUGGUAAUGUUGAAAGGAGACUCAUUCCAAUACUCAUUAAAUAUAUUUAUG